UUCCGGGAGGUGAUGGAGUUGUCAUGACAUCCUCCAAUCAAAACAUUGAAGUCAGAGAGUUUGAAAGGGUUCUCCUCCCCUGCAAGUAUGAUCUGGAGCGGCCGCAGAUCGCACGCCUGGAGUGGAAGAAAAUCAAAAAGUCGCAGAUCUCCUUUGUGUAUUACGCGGGAGGUCUCAUGAAAGAGUACCAAGGGCGAGCGGAGAUGAGCAAGUCCAACAUCAUACUUCAGAAGGUGACCCGGGCUGACGCUGCGACAUAUCGCUGUGAAGUGUCCGCCAAGGACGACUCGAAAUCCUUUGCGCAAUCGGUCAUUGUACUCAUCGUCUUCGUGCCCCCAGCUGUUCCCACGUGUAAGGUUCCGAGUUCAGGGACGACGGGAGCUGUGGUCAAGCUGAGCUGCUUUGAAUCAGAAGGCUGGCCUCCGUCCAAGUACACCUGGUACAAAGACAAUCUCGCACUCACGGACAACCCCGCUCGAGUCAAGGCCUCAACAAAUACAUCCUACAAAGUCAACAGGACGUCCGGUUCACUGGUGUUUACAACAGUCAAAAAGGGAAACAGCGGAAAGUAUCAUUGUCUGGCUUCCAAUGGCAUUGGUCAGGCUAAGAAUUGCUCUGCUAAAUUCAUGCAGAUAAAUGACCUGAAUGUGGGAGCAAUUGUGGUUUCCGUAGUGAUAGUGGCUUUGGUGCUGUCACUGUGCGGGCUGGGUGUCUGCUAUGCUCACCGGAAAGGCUACUUAGGAAGAAAAGAACCUCUGACGACAAGUCCGGGUCAUCGAGUAACAAAGACUUCAAGCACACCAAGUCUUUUGUUAUCUGAGGCAAAGGAGGAACAUUAUGUCCACAAAGGGAAGCUGGCUUGCUCUGAUAAACAUUGUCAAUUUAGACUUGUUAACAUAAAAUUGUACAGUCACGAGAUUCUCUGCACUGGCUGAAUGAAUUAGGAUCUCAUAUUAAACUCACAUCAAAUCUUUGAAGCCAGACACUCCAUCUGAGGAACUAUGCCUUACCACACCACAGAGAGAAUUUUGUAGAAUUCCUUUCUUUGUACAAGUAACUGGAUUAAUUCCGUGAAUCUGACCACUUUUGCACAGAUUUGUGUGUAUUUUAUGCCUUCUAACUAACUAUGCAUGGAAAAUAUUUGCAGAAUUUACACAGCGCUAUGUGACCACUAAUGAUGGGCUCUUUUGUAAAAAGAAUAGUAUUAAGAUGACCUCUAAUAACUUUGUUGAGUGACUGAUUUGCAAAUGUAAUCCUUUUUAUAACACUGAUUAAAUCAAAAUAGUUUGUA